CGUUUGUAUCUGUGUUUCCAAAUUUGUUAUAAUGUUCAAUUUACUCAGCUCUUGUAUAAACUCAAAAUAUUUUCUGAAACAUACCUGUUUGAUUGAUAUAAAAUAAAUCAAUUACAAAAUCCAUUAUUAAAUUUUAGUUGCCUCCAAGGCGUAAUAUCAUUAUUUAUUAUUGUUAUUGUACUGUUUGACUGAUACUACUUCUGACCCUUAAUUGAAAAUGCAACUAAUCAAAUGUCUGUAAAUUGUACAACAGAUCAUUAUUAUUUACCAGAAUGGAAACCGUCAAUUGGAAUGAUUUGCCUAGCUUGGCUCUCCACCAGGUGUUUACGUAUCUGUCGCCCAAGUCUAGAGUGUCAGCUUCAUCCACUUGCAAACAUUGGAGAACUGCUCUUUAUCAUCCACUCUUUUGGCAUAGUUUAUAUCUUGACAUAUCAUUAUCUGGAAGUUCAUUUACUGAAGUCAAAUCUAAAGUGAAGCAUACCAAUAAGAAUUUAGCGACACUGGUGCGUGAUUUCCACCUUACAUUUGAUUCUCGUAGCACACAAUGCUUUGAAUUAGCUUCUACUGUUAUUAAAGCAUUGAUGGAUAAUCAACUGUUAAGAAAUAUUGACAUCAAACUUGGUCAUUGCGAAGUAUCUAAAAACAAAAUAUUUCAGGAUAGUUCCAUUCAGUUGUGUACAUAUAGGUGGUCAAUUCAAAAUUAUUUUGAAUUUGCCAUAUUGAAUGUUGUACAGAAAGGAAAUAUUGAAGGAUUUAGUUUUGGAUAUUUUAUGUUUUACUAUUGGAAUGUUUUAAUUCAUAUGCUAGCUAAGUAUAGUUGUCAUAGCUUACAGCGUUUAGAAUUGGCUGGAUUGGGACCAUCAAUUUUUAAUGAAGAAAGCAAAACCAUAUGUUUCAAUUCUACCUUUGAUAGCAUGUCAUCACUGACAAAUUUAAAGAAAUUAAGUUUAGACCUCAAUUCCAAUACUUGCAAAUUGCUUCCAGCUCUGUGUUCUAUGACUCUACUAGAAAUCUUAGUUUUACAUGUUCAUAAAGAGUUGGAUAUAGAAAUAAGCGAUGACAUUUGGGCUGAUGUUAAAAAAUAUUGUCCUAAACUUGAACUGAGGUUAACAAUUAUUAACUGUCAUACUGUUGCCAAAUAUCUUCAUACUAAAUUACUUCGCCCAUCGAUGCCUCUAACUCAUCUAAAAGUACUGUUUUGUAAAAUGAUGAAUGUACAAGUUUUACAUAAGUUAUUAGACUAUAGAAAUACAUUACAAUCAUUGAUUUGGGUUGAUGAUCAGUCAAUGAAUCCUGGUUCUUUACUUAAAGGACAACAACUAGAUCCAUCUGCCGGUGAAGAUACUAAUCCACUUAUAAUAUUAUCAUGGGUUUGCAGCAAAUUAGCAGAACUUGUUAUACUAGGAUACUUAAUUGAGCCAGUAGAUGUAUGUGGCAUUGCAAGACUGAGAGGUCCCAAUUUAAAAGUAUUUGAAUUACUUGAAGAAGAUAUUUGCUUUAAACAACCACGGAGCAUAAUUUAUGAUGAAAUAGUUACUGAUGUUUCAAGUUGGAUGAAUACAAAUUGGAAACCUAUAAAUAUGAAUAAUUUACUUUAACACAAGCAACUAUGACUGAAUGAAUAAUGAAUAAUUCAUAUUUACUUGUUAUCAUUAAAACCAUUUUAUUCUGUGAUCAAUAAC